GCAUGCACACAGUAACACACUUGAGGAAACAUAAUUGGUCCAAUAUUUUGUCAAGAGAGUAAUUUAAAUGCGACCGGACCACUAUGGGAUACGUUUAAGAUGUCAUUGUACAUGAAAGUGGUGUGAGCGGCGGCGAAACGGCGAGCUGUUUUGGGGAUUUUCCAAUUCAGAUUUUGUUGCAGGAGGGUUUUUGCAGCCCCCGUCUCUCCGGCGUUGUUGUGAAUUGAUCUAACAUGGCGACUGUACCAGUUUAUUGCAUCUGUAGAUUACCUUACGACGUAACCCAGUUUAUGAUCGAAUGCGAUGCCUGCAAGGAUUGGUUUCACGGCAGCUGUGUUGGGGUAGAUGAGGAUGAGGCCCCAGACAUCGACAUUUAUCAUUGUCCCAACUGUGAGAAGACCCACGGCAAAUCUACAUUGAAAAAGAAGAAGAACUGGAACAAGCAUGACACGGGGCAAAGCACGGAUGUCAAACCCGUCCAGAACGGCAGUCAGGUGUUCAUCAAGGAGCUUCGGAGCCGGACCUUCCCCAGUUCUGAGGACGUAGUAUUAAAGUUGAGUGGACACCAGCUCACCCUGGACUACCUGGAGGAGAAUGGCUUCACGGAGCCAAUUCUGGUCAUGAAGAAGGAUGGACUGGGCAUGACCAUGCCCGCUCCCACGUUCUACGUCAGUGACGUCGAGAACUAUGUCGGGCCAGAUGUUCUCGUGGACGUCGUUGACGUCACUAAGCAAACAAACAGUGAGAUGAAGCUCAAGGAGUUUGUAGACUACUACUACAGCACAAACAGAAAGCGAGUAUUAAAUGUGAUUAACCUGGAAUUCUCAGACACAAGGAUGGCAAGUCUGGUGGAAAGCCCUCAGAUAGUGAGCAAACUUUCCUGGGUGGAGAACUACUGGCCGGACGAUGCCCUGUUGGGAAAGCCCAAAGUGACCAAGUACUGUCAGAUCUGCGUGAAGGACAGCUACACUGACUUCCAUAUCGAAUGCGGGGGCGCCUCAGUGUGGUACCACGUGCUCAAAGGAGAAAAGAUAUUUUUCUUGAUCAAGCCCACGUCUGCCAAUCUGUCUCUGUAUGAGCGGUGGAGAUCUUCAUCCAACCACAGUGAGAUGUUCUUUGCGGACCAGGUGGACAAGUGUUACAAGUGCACGCUAAAGCAGGGACAGACGCUUCUAAUUCCAUCUGGCUGGAUAAAUGCAAUACUGACUCCGGUGGAUUGUCUGGCCUUUUCUGGCCACUUCGUGCACAACCUGAGCGUGGAGAUGCAGAUGAGAGCAUAUGAAGUGGAAAAACGACUUAAAGUUGGCAGCCUAACCCCAUUUCCAAACUUUGAAACGGCCUGCUGGUACGUGGGACGGCAUCUGCUGGAGAGAUUCAAAGGCUUACAUAAGGCAAACAAACAGCCAGCCUCUUAUCUGGUCCAAGGUGCCAAAAUCAUUAAUGGAGCCUUCAGGUCAUGGACUAAGAAACAGGCUCUGCUAGAACAUGAAGAUGAACUUCCAGAAAACAUGAAGCCAGCACAACUCAUUAAAGACCUUGCCAAAGAAAUCAGGAUUUCAGAGAAUGCAACAAAAGCCAUCAAGGCAGAACCUGGUGCCAAGAUGGCGGCUGAGGAUCCCCUCCCUCCACCUGCACCGGAGCCAGAGGAGCCCGUUUCCCCGACGCCCGCUCCCACGCCCCCCCAGGAAAAGCCUUCCCGAAAGAAAACUCCCAAGCCUCCUAAGCCGCCCAGACCGCCUAAACUCCCAAAGACCCCGAAAGCUCCAAAGACUCCAAAAAUAAAGGAUGGAGGAAAGAAGAAGGUGAAAAAGGAGAAAGAAGGUGUCAUUCCGCCAAAAGUCUGCGGCCUGGCUUCUCUUGAGUCCCACGCUAAGGAAACGCUGACCAAGACGGAUCAGCCGAAAAAAGGCAGAGCUGCCAAGAAUGCUUUAAGUGCUUCGGAGAAAGAAGCGAAUAAGCAGAAUGACGUCGAGAAGUUUGAAAUUCGAGAACAGAACAAAAACAAACCUGAAGCGAAGUGGAAAUACAAGAAUAGUAAACCGGAUUCCUUGUUGAAAAUGGAAGAGGAACACAAAUUUGAAAAGUCAUUACUAUCAGGAAACAAAGAGAAGUUUGCCUUUUCGUUUUCCCAUAAAAAGUUGCUGGGCUCAAAAGGACCGAAGCCCCAAACUCACACAUGCUUAUUUGGAUCGUUACAAAACAUCAAGGAAGAUAAGGCCAAAGUGGUGAGAGAUGAGUAUGAGUACGUUUCUGACGAAGGGGAGCUGAAGAUCGACGAGUUCCCCAUUAGGAGGAAAAAGAAUACAGUAAAGCGAGACUUAUCUUUUUUGUCCAGUAUUAAGGAACCCAUACAACAGCCAAAAAAACCAAGGCUGCACCCUACAGCUCCCAGGAAGUCUGACUCAUCAGAUGAAGAGUCACUUCACAUAGACACAGAGCCUAAGCCAGAGGUCAAAGGUCGGAACUCAAAGGUCAAGAAAGAGAGUGGGAGUGCAGCGGGGAUCCUCGAUUUGUUACAAGCCAGCAAGCAAGUAGGCGGAAUCGACUACAAUGCUAACAGUCAGCCACCUGCAUCCCCCAGCACACAGGAGGCCAUCCAGGGCAUGUUGUCCAUGGCCAACCUGCCGACCUCAGACCCCUGCCUGCAACAGUCGUGGAGCAACAACCAAUCAAAGGGCAACUCUGUCCCAUCGGGGAAGAAGUCGAGCGGGGGCAGCGGCAAUAACAAGCGGCCGGCCAAGCGUCCUCCAAAGAAGAGCCAGAAGAAUGCCACCGUGGACAGCAUGGAGAUGUUUGAUGAUGACCAGGACCACCUAGACGCCUGCUUCAAGGACUCUGAUUACGUUUACCCAUCUCUGGAAUCAGAGGAAGAUCACCCCAUUUUCAAAUCCAGGUCCAAGAAGAGGAAGAGCUCUGACGACACUCCUUACAGCCCGACCGCUCGGGUGGGCCCUUCAGUGCCCCGGCAGGAGCGACCAGCCCGGGAAGGGGCGCGGGUGGCUUCCAUAGAAACAGGGCUGGCGGCUGCGGCGGCCAAACUGUCCCAUCAGGAGCAGCAGAAGAUCAAGAAGAAGAAGAAAAGCUGUAAGAAGGCCAAACCAUCACUCGAGGAGUCCAACAAAGUCUCCCAGAACAGCAGCUCCCCGGAACCCAAUGUGGACUCGCAGGACAGCAGUUUGGCAGACCAUGAGUACACCAGCGGGACGGGCAAGGCCUCGGGCGGCUCGCAGCCCAUGGCGCCAGGGGUCUUCCUCACGCAGAGGCGACCAUCCACUUCGUCGCAGAACAAUGCCGCAGUGAAGGUGGAGCACGGCUUGACAGCGGAGGCCAAAGCCAAACGGCUAAAGAAAGGCAUGGCGACUGCCAAACAGAGACUGGGAAAGAUUUUAAAGAUCCACAGGAACGGGAAGCUCCUUCUGUGAGGGACAGUGUCAGACUGGCACCCACUGAUGAUGUCACGGGCCUCCGCCAAGCCUUCACUCUGCCCGGACUCCUCCUCGCUCAUCAUGCACAACGGCGGCGAACAUGGGCAGUAAGACCGCUUAUAACAUUUC